AUGAACGCCAGCGGCUGGGAUCCAGGAGAGGGAAUGCCAUCGAUCAGGGUAAGAAACAUAAUCCUUUCCCUGGUUAUCCAGUACAAAUCCAGGAGGAACUACCUGGGCGAGGCGCUAGUGAAGGGUACACGGGCGUGUCAAAUUGGGCCGCUUCUGCGUGUCUCUCCGGCUCCUCAAUGCGUUACCCCGCAAAGCGGAUUUGCAUAUGCAUUAGCUGAAUUCCGGAGUGGCAGUGUUGAGAAAAGGGAGCACUUAAGUAUAGAAAUUGCUGAGCGGUUGGUCGCCCCACUGCUGGCAACUGGCAAGGCGUGGAGGGGUCCGAUCGGACCGCCGACUGCGGCAACCGUACCUUUGUCAACAUCUGGGGAUCAAACCCUUGCCCCUUCGCGCAGAGUGAUCAGUCUUGGAAACCAAUAUAUGCCUGAAAUGGCACACCUUUGGCACCUCGCAGCCCCUACGCCGACUUUCCCGCCACUGGACUCUGAAGAUCUUCUAGGAAAUUCGGCACACAACAUUAAUGUAUUGGAGAAUGACUUUGGACAUGACAGCUUUCAGGUUGAAGAUUUCGUUUCGGAUUUGGAAUUUGUGCAUCAUGUCGCGGAUCCCGAAGUCGAUCAGUUUGUCGACGAGAGGCUCCGAGCGACAUCGGACUGGUCAACAGGCCCGUGGAUUUUUGGCGAUCCACAGAGUCUUUUGGACUUGACAGGUUCUGUUGCCCCGGAGCACAUCACGGCAUCAUUGUCCAUACCCAGUUACCAGGGGGUGGAAUCUGACCUGUCUGGAUUGCCACAACCCACGAUUUCGCCUUCGUCUCUCUGCUACACGCCGACAACCGAGCAAGAUGAGAGCACAUUUGCACAGGUGUUCCUGGACCGUGGAGAUUCAUUUCACAUGCCCGAUGUGAACCCAAAUGCGCAAACUAUUCCAAUACCAAAUUUGAAACGUCCCCCCGGUCUGCCUAGGAGAAGAAGCCGCUACUCUCUCUGCAAGCUAGGGCAGUCCAUGAUCCCCAGGUAUAUUGUGGAAAAUGCGACUGCUCUUGAUCCCAUGCAAAGAUGGCAAGAGUCUCCACCAGAGGAUGAACCUGCAUCAUUGUCGGCGAUCAUGCAUGCGGUGAACAAAUCAGAAAAUAUCGGAGAAGCCUUGCCCGGCAGUGGAGGUCUUUCACAUAAUAUUCGCGACGCUUAUCGUCGGCCAGCCUCACUGGCUAGCUCCAACAGUGGGAAUAGUGCAUCGUCCUGGCAAUCCUCGACAUCAACACGAUCUGCUGUGUCGAAACAGCAAAAUCCACUAGCAGUCCAGUCACCAGCGGGUGGAACGCGAGUCGACAAGAGCAAAAGAAAAUCAAAAGGGCCAAGUGGUUUAGAAAAAGAGCGGAUUUUCUGUUGUACCUUCUGCUGCGAUACAUUCAAAAGCAAGUUUGACUGGUCUCGCCAUGAAAAAUCACUACAUCUUAACUUGGGUGGUUGGGCAUGCACCCCCCAUGGAGGCGCGACAGUUUCUCCUGUGACUGGCAGAAUACAUUGUGCCUACUGCAACUGCUUGGAGCCAUCUGCAGAACAUCUCGAUGAGCAUAAUCACUCUCAAUGCUCUGACGUGACUCGCACCUUUCGCCGGAAAGAUCACCUCGUUCAACACCUAAGGCUGGUGCACAGUAUGGAAAUUCUUCCCUUGCUUGAUGACUGGAAAAUUGGCGGCCAGACAAUCACGUCACGAUGUGGCUUCUGUGACCAGAGGCUAGAAAGCUGGGAUCAACGAGCGGAUCAUUUGGCAACCCAUUUCCGCAAGGGAAUGACCAUGCAUGAUUGGCGAGGCGAUCAUGACUUUCCACCAGAUGUUGCCGCCAAAAUUACCAAUUCCUUACCGCCAUAUCUUCUCGGCUGGGAAUCAAAGACAUUUGUGCCCUUUUCAGCGACGGAUGGGAGCGCCAAAGACCAGUUGGCGCAGAUAUCCAAGCGGGCAGACUGGGCUGCUGCCAAUUCGAGCGCCGAUGCCCCAAAUGGCACCUCGAUUGUGUUAGAAAAUCCGUUCCCACCAGCUCAGACUGGUGAGAUGAUGGUGCCUUUGAAUACCUUGACGGGUAUUUUGACCCAGCACCUCAGCCGUUAUGCUCGGCAACAAAUGAGUUUAGGAAUUAUUCCCACCGAUGACAUGUUUCAGCAGGAAUCGAGGCGGUUGCUCUAUGAUUCGGAAGACACCUGGAACCAAUCCAUUGCCGAUAACCCGGCAUGGUUAUCUGCAUUCAGACAGCAGCUUCGUGUGCAAUCCGAAGAUUUUGUAUUAGAAGAAAAGAAGAAAGUGGAAGGCACCCAAAGCGGCUUGUAG